AUGCUCCUCAGACCCGCCAUUAUCUUGUCUACGGUUGCCACAUGCCUUGCUACUCGGGAUGAUUGGCUCAAGAUCCGCGAUGCACAGGAUCUAGCUGCUCAAGCAGCGUCUAUUGGGCCUGCGAAAAUAUCUAGCUUGGUGCCAACUAGUGUUGUCGCGAUCGAGGUCCCAAAGAGCCUUCAGAAUGAUAUCCUCACAGCUGUACAACCUUCUAUCUUGCUCUCUCUUCUAGACCUCGACUAUCGGACACAAGUUGCUUCAGAGUUCCACGCAGGAAAUACGCCAGGAUGGUACGAAACAAUUAAACCCGACGUCAAGAGUUUCUUUGCGCAAUUUGUGCAGCACAAGGAAACCUUCGUUACAUCAAAGCCAGAAAGCCCAGGAGAAAGCGCCACAUCUGUACAAUCUUCUUUAGAUGUUGAGACGGCUAUUGUAACCUCCGUCAACACCGAGGCCUCGACUUAUAACGGCCCAAAGCCAGCGCAGCCCUCUGACAGCAAAUCUACAGCGUCAGGGGAGUUCAAGCCGCAGGAGUCCACAGACACAGCAGCUACGGUGACUGGGGUUUCUAAGCCACAAAAGUCCGAUAAUUCUGGGGCAACAGCUUCAGGAUAUUCUAAAAUAGAGAAAUCUUCUAAUGUAGAAGCAGCAACUUCGGGUACCGUCCACGCCAAUGCAAGCGAUGUCCCUUCUGUGACCGCUACUGGCAGCUCGCAACCUUCAGACUCCGUCAAAGUUGCUGCACUGGAGUCAGAAAUUCCCGAUAACGCACAUUCAGACAGCACCAAAGCCGCCGCAUUGGAUGGUACAUCUGCGGCGAACGUGAAAACUACCGGAGUACUGGAAUCAGAACAAGCCGAACCUUCUGCCUCAACUGAAACUGGAUUUUCAAGUGAGGCACCAUCUGGGUCUGGAUCGUCUGCUUUGGGGGCUCUCGAAACAUCCGUCUCAGAUCACGCAACUGGAACCGAAAUUAGCCACGCAACAAGCGAAAGGGGAACCCAAAGUACGGCGAUAGGAACCAAACUGUCCCACCAAGCCAGCGGUGUACCUUCAGCAUCUGGAUUCAAGUUAUCCAGUUCCCAUCAAGACAACAUUAUUUCAACCACUGGUUCUGCCUUGAAGACCGGAUCCCUCACUAAGAGCGGUUCUGCAAGUGGCGCGCAGGUGAAGACCACCCAGAGUGCUGCGAUCGCGAUGCCUACGGGCGUGCAUCGCUUGACUGUGGUAGGGGUGGUUGGUAUGGCAGGUUUCUUAGGGGUCAUGAUGGCAUUUUGA